AUGAUGUGCGAGGUGAUGCCCACCAUCAGUGAGGGGGACCCUCUGGGUCCCCCACAGGGCUCCGAGGCGGAUGCCGACUUUGAGCAGCUGAUGGUGAACAUGCUGGAUGAGAGGGACAAGCUGCUGGACACCCUGCGGGAGACUCGCGAGACACUCUCUGUCACCCAGAGCCGCUUGCAGGAGACCCUUCGGGAGCGUGACCAGCUUCAGAGGCAGCUCAACUCGGCCCUCCCGCAGGAGUUUGCAACGCUGACGCGGGAGCUCAGUGCCUGCCGAGAGCAGCUCCUGGAGAGGGAAGAGGAGAUCUCGGAGCUGAAAGCCGAGCGCAAUAACACCCGGCUCUUGCUGGAGCACCUGGAGUGCCUGGUGUCGAGACAUGAGCGGUCCCUGAGGAUGACCGUGGUCAAGCGUCAGGCCCAGUCACCGUCCGGGGUUUCCAGUGAGGUCGAGGUGCUCAAGGCACUCAAGUCACUCUUUGAGCAUCACAAGGCACUAGAUGAAAAGGUCAGGGAACGCUUGCGAGCAGCUUUGGAGCGAGUGGCAACCUUGGAGGAGCAGCUCGUGGAUGCCCAUCGGCAGGUGGCGGCUCUGCAGCAAGGCACCGCGCGGGAGGUCCCGGCGGGUGAGAGGGAUGAGAGGGAGCCCAAGGAGCCAGCACAGAAGCUUCCCUGGAAGCGGCUCUCCAACGGCUCUGUCCACCCGGACGAUGAGGCAGGGCGGGUGGUGGAGCUGCAGGAGCUCCUGGAGAAGCAGAAUUUCGAAGUGGUCCAGGCCAAGGAGCGCAUCUCUGCGUUGGCUGCCAGCGUCGCCGAGCUGGAGGAGGAUCUGGGCACCGCCAGGAAGGAUCUGAUCAAAUCGGAGGAGAUGAGCAGCAAGUACCAGAGGGACCUCCGAGAGGCCCUGGCUCAGAAAGAGGACAUGGAGGAGAGGAUCACCACGCUGGAGAAACGCUACCUGGCAGCCCAGCGAGAAGCCACUUCCAUCCAUGACCUCAAUGACAAGCUGGAAAGCGAGUUGGCCAACAAGGAGUCCCUGCACCGCCAGUGCGAGGAGAAAGCCCGGCAUCUGCAGGAGCUGCUGGAGCUGGCGGAGCAGAAGCUGCAGCAGACGAUGCGGAAGGCAGAGACGCUGCCCGAGGUGGAAGCGGAGCUGGCCCAGCGCAUUGCCGCGCUCACCAAGGCAGAAGAGAGGCACGGGAGCAUCGAGGAGCACCUCCGGCAGCUGGAGAGCCAAUUAGAGGAGAAGAACCAGGAGCUGGCCAGG